CAGCACUCUAAAUAAAACGAGUCCACUCACAACAAAGCCAUUUCAAUUCAUAAUUUCUUCAAUGGCUUCUGUUUCAGGCUUAUGUUCUUCUUUUCCAUCGUUGAAGCCUAAUAACAGAAUCGGCGGUGAACUCAGUCCGGUUCGCAAAGACUCACUCGCAGUGUCGACUCGUUCUAACUCGAGCUUUAAACACUCUGUUGCUCGUGAAUUAUCUGCUGAUUUGUCGAAAACGAAUGAUGUCGCGGGUUUGAAGCAGGCUAAGCAAGAUGGACUCGAGAAAGAUCCUAAAGCGCUUUGGAGGAGAUACGUUGAUUGGUUGUACCAGCAUAAGGAGCUCGGGUUGUACCUCGAUGUGAGUAGGAUCGGGUUCUCGGAUGAGUUCGUUUCCGAAAUGGAGCCCCGGUUUCAAGCCGCGUUUAAGGCUAUGGAGGAACUGGAAAGAGGCGCCAUCGCCAAUCCUGAUGAAGGACGGAUGGUUGGCCACUAUUGGUUGAGGAACGCGAAACUCGCGCCGAAUCCGUUUCUGCAAGUUCAGAUCGAUAAAACUCUCGCCGCCGUUUGCGAUUUCGCUGAUGCCGUCAUCAGCGGUAAGAUUAAACCACCUUCUCCAGAGGGUCGUUUUACUCAAAUACUCUCAGUUGGCAUUGGAGGUUCGGCUCUGGGCCCGCAGUUCGUCGCGGAAGCAUUGGCUCCUGAUAAUCCUCCUCUUAAGAUAAGAUUUAUUGAUAAUACAGAUCCUGCUGGAAUCGAUCAUCAAAUAGCACAACUUGGGCCUGAGUUGGCUUCUACUCUUGUAAUUGUGAUUUCAAAGAGUGGAGGUACCCCUGAAACAAGAAAUGGUCUAUUGGAAGUACAGAAAGCCUUCCGUGAAGCUGGUCUGGAUUUUGCAAAACAGGGUGUUGCUAUAACACAAGAAAAUUCUUUGUUGGACAACACUGCAAGGAUUGAGGGUUGGGUAGCCAGGUUCCCUAUGUUUGAUUGGGUUGGUGGCAGGACCUCUGAAAUGUCUGCAGUUGGUUUGCUUCCUGCAGCACUUCAGGCAUUUGACAUAAGAGAAAUGCUUAUUGGUGCAUCCAUGAUGGAUGAGGCCACUAGGAGCACAGUCCUGAGGAAGAAUCCUGCAGCAUUGCUUGCUUUAUGUUGGUACUGGGCAACUGAUGGGAUUGGAUCUAAGGAUAUGGUUGUUCUUCCUUACAAGGAUAGCUUAUUACUAUUUAGCAGAUAUUUACAACAGUUGGUUAUGGAAUCGCUUGGCAAGGAGUUUGAUCUGGAUGGUAACCGGGUAAAUCAAGGAAUUUCUGUUUAUGGAAAUAAAGGAAGCACAGAUCAGCACGCCUAUAUCCAACAACUGAGGGAGGGUGUGCAUAAUUUCUUUGUGACCUUUAUCGAAGUUCUACGUGAUAGACCCCCUGGUCAUGAUUGGGAGCUUGAACCGGGUGUUACAUGUGGUGACUACCUGUUUGGAAUGCUACAGGGCACAAGAUCAGCUCUGUAUGCAAAUGACCGAGAAUCCAUCACUGUCACUGUCCAAGAGGUGACACCUAGAUCUGUUGGGGCACUCAUAGCACUUUAUGAGCGAGCAGUUGGAAUUUACGCCUCGCUUGUCAACAUCAAUGCUUAUCAUCAACCCGGUGUGGAAGCUGGGAAAAAAGCUGCUGGUGAAGUAUUAGCUCUACAAAAGCGGGUUUUAGCGGUGCUCAACGAGGCCAGCUGUGAAGACCCUGCCGAAUCAUUGACGCUUCAAGAAAUCGCUGACCGUUGCCAUGCCCCGGACGAUAUUGAAAUGAUAUACAAAAUCAUCGAACACAUGGCCGCCAAUGACCGAGCACUAAUCGCCGAAGGAGACUGUGGUUCACCAUAUAGCUUAAAAGUUUUCCUCGGCGAAUGUAACGUCGAUGAAUUAUAUGCGUAAGUGAAUGAAAACUCAUGUCCUCUUUUAAGCUUGUACUUUCUAUAGAGAGGAAAAAAGAAAAAAAAAAUCGAAUAAAAUUAGUUUACGAUGCUUGUCUUUUUUUCUGGGAACCAGGUUGUUACCUAUUGUAUCAAUGUUUUUGAGUUGGAAAUAAACAUUCCCUCACAGUUUCCUUGUUUGUCA